ACGUUGCGUAACUUUUCUUUCGUUCUCUUUUCUGUAAAUUUUAGGGUCAUUAAUUAUUUUGAGCUCAUUCUAUAUCGAGUGCCGACAGAUCUGUUUAAAGAUUUUGUCCCAAUGAUGCCCAAAGUGUAGUUACAAACUAAUAACACAUUUGACAGUUCAAUGUCAAUGACCUAAAAUGGCUACCAAAACAAAGUCGGGUUUCAUUUCUAUUGCAUCAAGACUAAAGAAACCACUACUUAUAGCUAUAAGAGAAUACAAUAAAAACUUGACAUAUAGACAGUACUCUGUUUUAAGUAGUGAUCUCCGUAACCAUAGUGAUAUAAAGGUUGGGAAAUAUUCCCUUGUUGACAGUAGAGAAUAUUCUAGCCUUACUCAGGAUAAAAAAGACAAGAUAGCCAAUGGUCCAGAUUUGGGAGAGUUUAUAGAAAAUAGUCUAGAGGAACAACCAGAAAAUAUCAAAAGGAAAAAAGGAGAACGAUUGCGAUUACCACCAUGGCUGAAAACAAAGAUACCAAUCGGUAAAAACUACCACAAACUGACCUCUGACCUGAGACAACUAAACUUACACACUGUUUGUGAAGAAGCAAAGUGUCCCAAUAUAGGUGAAUGUUGGGGUGGCGGUGAUAAUGGAACUGCUACUGCUACUAUAAUGGUAUUAGGAGAUACCUGUACGAGAGGGUGUCGUUUCUGUUCUGUAAAGACAGCGAAGAGUCCGCCCCCUCCAGAUCCAAUGGAGCCCGUCAACACAGCCAAGGCUAUAGUGUCAUGGGGACUAGAUUAUGUUGUCCUAACUUCUGUAGAUAGAGAUGAUAUGCCUGAUGGUGGUGCAUCACAUUUUGCAGAAACAGUCAAAGAAUUAAAGAAAAGACAGCCCUCCAUACUUGUAGAGUGUUUGACACCAGAUUUUAGAGGAGACUUACGAUGUGUGGAGACUAUAACAGACUCUGGAUUAGAUGUUUAUGCUCAUAAUAUAGAAACUAUUGAAGAAUUGCAAUGGUUGGUUAGAGAUCCUAGGGCUAAUUAUAAACAAUCUAUGGGUGUGUUAGAACAUGUGAAGAAAUACAAACCUGAUAUGGUGACAAAAACUUCUAUAAUGGUGGGACUUGGAGAGACAGAGGACCAGAUAUAUAAAACUAUGGAAGAUUUAAGAAAGAUAGAUGUAGAUUGUUUAACUUUAGGACAGUAUAUGCAGCCUACUAAAAGACAUCUUAAGGUGAAGGAAUAUGUCCAUCCAGAUAGAUUUAAAAGGUGGGAAGAAAUGGGUAAUAAAAUGGGGUUCCUAUAUACAGCAAGUGGGCCUCUAGUUAGAUCUUCAUAUAAAGCAGGUGAAUUUUUCUUGACAAAUAUAGUUAAAAAUAGACAGAAGACAGAAGAAGCAAAGAUACAAUGUUAAUGGAUGAUGACUUUAAUCUAAAUAAAACAAAAUCUCAGUAUUAAAAGUAUGGGCAGGUUAAAAAUAUGUUGUUUACAAUAUACUAUCCAGCAUCUACUCAAAUCAGCAAAGUCUGAAAAUCAAUUUUAUUACGGAAAAAGAAAAAAUGUUUUGCCUUGACAAAGUUGUUGAAUCUUGAAAAACUUAAGAAUUAUUUUGUAUGGUUAUAAAACAGAAAUCAGAGGCGGAUUUAGGGAGGGGGCCCGGGCCCCCCCCCCCCCCCCCCCCCCUUUUGGAAAAAAAUUUGGUUGCUUAUAUAGGGAAUCACUGAAGCGUGACUGGAGCGGGCCCCCUCUUACGUCAGUCAGUGGGCCCCCACUUCUGAAAAAUCCUGGAUCCGCCACUGGAAAUUGUUAUUGUAUGUUACUGUAUUGUUAUUUGAUGUCUGAUUGAAUUUUGUGUAGACUGCAUAUUACUUUACAUUUACCUUUUAUUAACCUCUGUGGAUAAUUGUCUCAUUUGCAAUCAUACCACAUCUCUUUAUUUUUAUAUUGAUAAUAAACUAAAUAUGUUAGAAAGAUUACUUUAUUUACAAUAAUGGAAAAUUAAUCAUAUAAAGUUGUUAUGUAAUAUGCAAAGAAGGAGUUUGUUUUACAGAUCUCAAAAGUUAAAAUGAGUCAACCCUACGGGGUAAUCAAACAUUUGUUUUGGUUAAAAAAAAAUCUGAAAGGUAAGGUUUCAUAAAAUAUGAACUUUGAAGCAUUAUGUAUAUAUAUGCAUCAUUUUCUGAAAUCACAAUAACGAAUAUCCCAUUAUUGUGCCUUUUUCAACAAUGGUGAAAAUAAAUGCCAAACUAAUUCCUGAGUUUACAGUAAAUGUAAAGUGCUCAGAAGGAAAACCAUUUUAACAUGGACAGGUACCCUUUAUAAAAAGGUAUAUUGAGACAUAAUUUAUAAAUCCUUUCUCUUUUAUUUUGUAUCUCCUUAGAUUUUUUGAUUAAAUAUGCAUUGCUUUAUUUAUUAUGUAUGUUUACUGGUUUUCAUUCUUUAAUGAUACCUUUACAAAUAGUAAUCUCUUUUGUAUUUAAUGUUAUUGAAUAUGUAAUAAAAAUGAUAUAACAUCA